UCCACUACAGUACCUCCCUGUUUGGUAGCUGCCUACUACCGCUUGUCAGCUGUUGGACUCCCUUGCAUGCGAACAUCAAGUGCAGGGGAGGCAUGGGAUGCCCGCUCAUCAAGCCCUAAAAAGCAGGAGCAAUGCCUCCCUCUCUCUCUCUGGGACAAAUGUGCGCCACACAGACAUAAUGGAGAGCAGAAGGAUUGGGCAUGGGCGUGGAGGUGUGGUUAUUGUUGGUGGUGGGCGUAUUGAUGGCGUUGGCAUACUCCCGAUGGCGCCACAGCUACUGGUCAUCCCGUGGGGUGCCCACUCCGCCCAUCAUUCCCUUUCUUGGUCAUAUACAUGCCUUGUUUUUAAAGGGUUUGAAACCAUUGCUCUAUGAAAAUGAGGUAUACAGCAAAUAUGGUGGAUCAACUUUCUGCGGAAAGUAUGAAAUGUUCCGACCAAUUCUGGUGGUAGGUGAUCUAGAGCUGAUGAAGCACAUCACUGUCAAAGACUUUGAUUACUUCACUGAUCGUCGAAACUUCACACUGACAAAUGAGGGAGAUGAUGUCAUGAACGAUAUGAUUACAAACAAGACAGGUAAUGAGUGGAAGACCUUGCGUUCCAUCAUGACUCCCACCUUCACUUCUGGCAAGAUGCGAGGGAUGUACCCACUGGUCUGUGACAAGGCUGAUGACCUUGUCUCUUUCUCACUUAAAGAGGCAGCUAACAAUCCUCAUAUUGAUAUGAAACACAACUUUGGACGGUUCACAAUGGACACAAUUGCCUCUUGUGCUUUUGGCAUUGAAUGUAAUUCUUUUGAAAAUGAGAAUUCUGAGUUUCCAAAGGCAGCAGCAUCUUUCUUUCAAUUAACUUGGAAGAGAAAAUUAAGUAUUAUAUUCCUCAUUACGCUUCCAAAGGUUUUCAAGUUUUUUAAAUUACGUUUUAAUCCUCCCUCGUUAGAUUUCUUUGCGGAGGUAGUUAAAGAAACCAUAGCAGCGAGAGAGAAAGGAGCAAAACGUGGAGAUUUCCUGGACCUACUGAUGGAGGCUGGUAAGGACAACCCUGAGAAGAAACAAGUGCUCAAUUACAAAAGCAUACUGGCCCAAAGUAUACUGUUCUUGAUUGCUGGCUAUGACACUACCGCCUCUACCCUGGCCUUCGCCUCCUUCUUUCUGGCCAAGAACUCAACCCAUCAACAGCACCUCCGCAAGGAGUUACAGGGGAUAGUUAAGGAACAUGGUGACUUAACAUACCAAGGCAUCAUGGAGGCCAAGUUUCUCGAUGCCUGUCUUUUGGAAACUCUUCGACUGUACCCACCAGCACCAAUGCUAGAGCGACAGUGCACCAAGGACUACCAGCUGCCAGGCACUGAGCUGAAAUUGCAUAAAGGUGACAUAGUACAGUUUCCCGUCUGGAGCAUCCACCACGACCCCAAAUACUGGCCAGAACCUAAUGAAUUUCGCCCACACCGCUUCAUGCCUGAGAACAGGGACAACAUCACCACCUUUACGCACAUGCCCUUUGGAUUAGGGCCCAGGAACUGCAUAGCAAUGAGGUUUGCUCUGAUGGAGGCAAAAGUGGCUCUAGGAAAGAUGAUACUGGCAGCAGACCUUCAACUGGCUCCUGGUUAUGAGGAGAUGGAAGUGGAAUUUGGUGUGGGAAUCUUAAGGCCCAAGAAUGGUGUUAAUCUUAUACUUAAACCAUUAAGUGAAGAGUGAAUCAACCAAUGACCUUGGUGACAAAGUUAUGUAUCAUACUUAUGCUGAAUAAUAAUGUUACAUGUAAUCUUUACCAUUGUGAUACUUUAUAAUCAAACAUACUUUCAAAUGGUAAAAUAAAUGUAUUGGACUACAGUCGACCCUUGUUAAUUCGGACUAAUAGGGGGGAAGGGUGUCCGUUUUAGCCAAUUGUCCGAAUUAACCGAUUUAGGGGUUAAUAUUGCAUUAUAUUUCAAAGUCAUUGUUUUCGUCACGAUUUUAUCCCACUU